AUGGCACUGAUGAAACGUUUGUUUUUAAAAAUUGUUUAUACACCUCGAGCAUUAUCUUACAACGUCCGACAUUUGUCUACAGAAGUAGCAUAUGAUGACAGCCCUGUGGAAAUGGAAAACCCAUUCACUAAAGAAAAACGCCAAUGUAUACUUUGUAAAUUGAACAUAACGCCAGACUACAAGAACUACAGGCUUCUGUCACAGUUCCAAAGUCCAUAUACAGGAAGGAUAUAUGGAAGACAUAUAACUGGACUAUGUCAAACCAAACAGGCAGCAGUAGAGAGAGAAAUCACUAAAGCACAGAACUGCGCUUAUAUGCCUUACUAUUAUAAGGACAAAACAUUUUUAAAGGAUCCUAAGCUGUUUGAUCCUGAAAAUCCAAUCCGAUCACACAGAUUUUAG